AUGACAAGUCUCUGUUCCCUCCCCUAUCCAUUUCCAAAAGAGACAACACAAGCGAUGGGCUGUGACAUGGGUUCCGUUAAUUUCACGGGUGCCGAAUGGCUUGAGACGGCAGUGACAAAUAUCAACACAGCCUAUGCUCAUAUUCAUCCCUAUGUCUCGGUGGUUCUCUGUCUUGCAGGUACUGCAAUGAACAUAGUCACAGUGAUCGUCCUAACUCGUUCCUCAAUGCGAUCCGCCGUCAACUCUCUGCUCUGUGCAAUCGCUCUCUGUGAUAUCCUUGUGAUGACAAGUGUUCUUGUCUUUGUCACUCAUUUCCUUCUCUUUGCCGGGUACAGAUGCGACCCAUCAGACUACAAUAUUUAUUGGGCCUAUUUUUUGUACUAUCACUCGCAAGCGACAGUAAUAUUCCAUGCAACAAGUAUAUGGUUGACAGUACUUCUCGCCCAAAUCCGAGUGUUCUCCAUCCGACGUGCCACGUCAGUUGCCGGAGAGUCUGUAACCAAUAAAAAGACGUGCGUGAUUGCGGUGUCUACUUUCAUCGUCGUUUGUCUUCUGAAUAUUCCAAAUAUGAUGACGUUUGAGAUAAUCGAAACACCAGCCUCAAAUUGGCUGCAAUGCAAAGCAAACGAGACAGCGGACGAUGAAAUGCUUGUUUAUCUUGUCGCACCAUCCGAUCAUUGUGGACUUUUAAAUAUUGCCUUUUGGACAAAUGGGGUGUUAUUCAAAGUGGUGCCUUGUCUUCUCCUAACAUUUUCUAUCGUCGCACUUGUCAGUAUAAUUCGAGAUGUUGGAAAACGAAGGAAGCAGCUGGCUCAAGUGAUGAACAAGAAGCGAAUGCCACGAGACCAUACCACUCCAAUGCUUGUAGCCGUGCUUUCCAUCUUCCUCUUCGCUGAGCUUCCACAAGGUGUCCUUCAUGUUUUCAACGCGAUCUUUACGAAAGAAACAUUCUACGACAAGAUAUACAUUCAUCUUGGAGACGUGAUGGAUGUCCUCUCGUUACUCAAUUCCGCCGUCAAUUUCAUCAUUUACUGUGCAAUGAGCCGGAAGUUCCGAGCAGUAUUUAUCCAGAUUUUCUUGACUUGCUUGCCGCAGAAGAUUAUACGAAAAUACGCGAUGGAAGCAUUCUUGGACGGAGAAGUCUCUCGAAUGAGGCCUACGGCGGAUAUGACGAAGAGCGAGCAGCUGGCUUUGACGUCUCACAGAGUUUCAGCGUCGUCUGUGCUGCUACCAGUUUCCAGACCGGAUCCGCCAAGGAUGUAUUCCGGGAAUUUGUUAACGGCAGACAUCAACGGUGGCUACUCUCACUCUCCACGGGUUUCAUUUGACAUCGUUCGCAAAGAAUCGCAGAUCAGUAGUGUUGUCGACUUUCAACUUGUUGUUCCAAGUAUUCAGCAAGAAUCACCUACUCUUGUUCAAAAAAUUCUCCGAUUCUUCCGAUCGACAGAUGAGUUGUCAGAUAGCCCGCAUAGACGGAUAAAGUUAAUGCAAUGUGAAACGAGUACAGCUCUUUAUUGA